AUGUCUGAUUUUGAAAGGAUAAUCAAAGAUGUUAUUAUGGGCUGUCCUCCAGGUGAGGUUGAGGAGGUAUAUAAGGAUUUGAUAAACAUAGUUGGUGAAAACUCCAAAGAUACGAUAAUCGACGCAAUUGAGGAAUAUAAUAUUGCUCACCAUCUUCCAGUUGAAGUAAAUGGUAAACAGGUUAUUCUUUCUGAGUAUAACAAGCAAGGCAGUAAGUUUAACGAGCCCUUUGACAAAAUCUCUUUCGAGGUUGACCAUUUAACCCGUCAGGGUUUUAAUAUUGAAACCAUUGAACUACCGGAAGUGGAUGAGGAAAUUCAAAACAUUCACAAAAACCUAGGGAUAUAUGCGGAAGCUAACUUCCCCGGUGACGUUUCGUUUGCUGUAUACAAAACUUCUGACGAGGACAAGUACGCAAUUUACAUCGUCAGCACAAAGUAUAACCCUUCAAACUUUUGGAAUGGUUACUGGGAAUCGGCGUAUAUAUACGAUAAACAGGUGCAAACACUAGAAGGUGGUAUUAGAGUCCGAGUACACUACUAUGAAGAUGGUAAUGUUAGUUUCAAAGCUGAGAAGGAGGUGAAACUUGAAGACGCGACGGAUGUUGUAGCCUCGCUGUCGGCUGCUGAAAAAGCGUACGAAAGUGAGCUUGACGGGCUAUUUGAUGAUUUAAACGAGAAACAGUUCAAGAGCUUGAGAAGGAGACUACCCAUCACGAGAUCAAAGGUGAGCUGGGGGAAAGCCAUUGGUAACUACAGGCUGGGCAAGGAUGCUGCUGAGGGAAGAUAG